AUGUUUGUCCUCAUCAUCUCAGGGGUGAAAUGUCUGUUCCUCCUCAGUGUCUGUUUCUCCUCAGUGUCUGUUCCUCCUCAGUGUCUGUUUCUCCUCAGUGUCUGUUUCUCCUCAGUGUCUGUUCCUCCUCAGUGUCUGUUCCUCCUCAGUGUCUGUUUCUCCUCAGUGUCUGUUCCUCCUCAGUGUCUGUUACUCCUCAGUUGUCUGUUUCUCCUCAGUGUCUGUUACUCCUCAGUGUCUGUUCCUCCUCAGUGUCUGUUCCUCCUCAGUGUCUGUUACUCCUCAGUGUCUGUUUCUCCUCAGUGUCUGUUCCUCCUCAGUGUCUGUUACUCCUCAGUGUCUGUUUCUCCUCAGUGUCUGUUCCUCCUCAGUUGUCUGUUCCUCCUCAGUGUCUGUUUCUCCUCAGUGUCUGUUUCUCCUCAGUGUCUGUUUCUCCUCAGUUGUCUGUUCCUCCUCAGUGUCUGUUACUCCUCAGUGUCUGUUUCUCCUCAGUGUCUGUUUCUCCUCAGUGUCUGUUACUCCUCAGUGUCUGUUCCUCCUCAGUGUCUGUUUCUCCUCAGUGUCUGUUUCUCCUCAGUGUCUGUUCCUCCUCAGUGUCUGUUUCUCCUCAGUUGUCUGUUCCUCCUCAGUGUCUGUUUCUCCUCAGUGUCUGUUUCUCCUCAGUGUCUGUUUCUCCUCAGUGUCUGUUACUCCUCAGUGUCUGUUUCUCCUCAGUGUCUGUUCCUCCUCAGUGUCUGUUACUCCUCAGUGUCUGUUUCUCCUCAGUGUCUGUUUCUCCUCAGUUGUCUGUUCCUCCUCAGUGUCUGUUACUCCUCAGUGUCUGUUUCUCCUCAGUGUCUGUUCCUCCUCAGUGUCUGUUUCUCCUCAGUGUCUGUUACUCCUCAGUGUCUGUUCCUCCUCAGUUGUCUGUUCCUCCUCAGUGUCUGUUUCUCCUCAGUGUCUGUUUCUCCUCAGUGUCUGUUUCUCCUCAGUGUCUGUUUCUCCUCAGUGUCUGUUUCUCCUCAGUGUCUGUUCCUCCUCAGUGUCUUGUCUGUUCCUCCUCAGUGUCUGUUCCUCCUCAGUGUCUGUUACUCCUCAGUGUCUGUUUCUCCUCAGUGUCUGUUCCUCCUCAGUGUCUGUUACUCCUCAGUCUUCACCUCCAUCACCUCCUGCUUCACCUCCAUCACCUCCUGCUUCACCUCCAUCACCUCCUGCUUCACCUCCUGCUUCACCUCCAUCACCUCCUGCUUCACCUCCAUCACCUCCUGCUUCACCUCCUGCUUCACCUCCAUCACCUCCUGCUUCACCUCCAGCUUCACCUCCAUCACCUCCUGCUUCACCUCCAUCACCUCCUGCUUCACCUCCAGCUUCACCUCCAUCACCUCCUGCUUCACCUCCAUCACCUCCAUCACCUCCUGCUUCACCUCCAUCACCUCCAUCACCUCCUGCUUCACUGCGGAUUAA